AUGUUCGGCCUUCUCGGCCAGCUCGUACCCGCUGUUCUCGCAGCUACAGCUUAUGGUACCUUUAGAAAUGGUACCUUUAAACCAGCUACUGAACCUAGCGGGCCGGGUUUGUAUUGUACCGGACCCGACAUGGUAUAUACGGGGUUUGAGGACAUAAUUUGGACUUCCCCGGAGAUGACAACCUGCUUUGAGGUUCUUGCGGAUGGGAAAUUUGGAGAGUUUUGGAAGAGUAGAGAUGAGCUUUCCUGGUGGCGGAAAUUGUGGAUUCGGGAGGUUGACGGAUGGGUGUUCCCGGGAUUCUGGGAUGGACAUGCACAUCUUGUACAAUACGGCAUGAUGGAAGUUGGAGUAAAGGCAUACGACCAAACAGUCCCCCAAAUAAUAACGUCAAUCCUCAACUACCUCGAAAAAGACCCAACCUACGGCACCCGUCCAAAAUGGGUUCUCGGAACCGGAUGGGAUCAAGCAUACUUCGGUGGUAACAUGCCAACCGCCGAAGACCUCGUUUCAAAUCCAUUAUUAACAAAUCUAUACAUCGCUUUAUACCGGGUCGACGUCCAUUGUAUCUGGGUCUCGCCCGCUGUGCUACGAUUACUCCCAGAUCCAUUACCGCCUACUCCACCAGGGGGGUCAAUUCCAUCUAACGGUGUCUUCUGCGAUAAUGCAAUGGAUGAUAUGAUCAUCCCACUAAUCCCUGAGAUCACAGAAGAAGAUAUUGAGAACUUCAUCACAACUGCGGUAUCAUCUCUUCAUUCCGUAGGACUCGUGGGAAUAACCGAUGCUGCAACUGCAAUGAAGGAGGUACCGGUAUAUAAACGUCUCGCGGAGUCAGGGAAGUUAGACUUCAGAGUUUAUGGUAUGGUUGAGUGUAUAAAGAGGAAUACGUUUUGUGAUGUGGAUAAAUACCAUUUUGAUGAUAAAGACGGACAGUUUACUUUGACUUCGGCUAAGAUAUUUGCUGAUGGUGCGCUGGGAUCGUGGGGAGCUGCACUAAUUGAACCUUAUAGCGAUCAGCCAACUCGGGGAUCGAUGCUGAUUAAUGAAACGAGAUUGGCAAAUGUUGUUUCUCAGUGGUACGCCGCAGAUUGGCAAGUAGGCGUCCAUGCCAUCGGUGAUGCAGCAAACAGAGCGGCUCUAAAUGCCUUCGAAAUAGCAAUGAAACUUCAUCCAGACAUCGACGGCGACCGAAAAUUCAGGAUCGAACAUGCCCAAAUUAUUCACCCAGAAGACCAAAUCAGACGUAUUGAUAUCUGCAACAAGGCGGGCGUUACACUCGAAAGCUGCAUAAUCCCUUCAAUCCAACCAACCCACGCAACAUCCGACAUGGCAUACGCUCUCUCCCGUCUCGGUCCAAAACGUUUGAAAGAAUCGGCAUAUAGAAUGCAAUCCCUCUUCCCUAAACCAGAAAUUGGAGAACCUUUCCCGCCAUAUCCAGUCCUUGGCUCCGAUUUCCCCGUCGAACCACCUUCUCCGAUCGAGGGGAUGUAUGCUGCCGUUACUAGAUGUAGUCCUAGACAUGAAGAUUGCGAAAGAGAUGCCGUUUGGGAUAGUGAGAAGCUUGAUAGACUACAGGCGGUUCAAGGGUUUGGGAGGAAUGUGGGGUGGGGGAUGCUGGAGGGGUGGAGACAGAUAGGGCAGUUGGGCGGUUGGGCUGAUUGGGUCGUUCUUGAUAACAGCUUGUUCGACAAAAAAGUGAAUUUGAGGAAGGUGAAGGUUAAGGAGACGUGGAUUGGUGGGAAGAGAGUGUUUAAAAGAGAGUCUGAGGAGAAACAAGAGGAAGAGAAGAAGCAGGAGAAACCGGCGUUUGAGGGUAUUAAAGCACAGACGUAG